AUGAGUUCGGACACUGUGGCCGACCAUUACAAUUCGGUUCGACAAGAAGAUAUCGUUGGUCGAGCUGAUAGCCGUAUUUUCUACAUGAGAAAUUUGAACAACUGGAUGAAGAGCGAAUUGAUACAAGAGAGUUCAAGCAGUUUGCUUCGUCCGCGAGUACUUGAUCUCGCUUGUGGGAAAGGUGGAGAUCUUCGGAAAUGGAAAGUGGCAAAUAUCGAGAGCAUUGUGAUGGCUGACGUUGCGAAAGUUUCUUUACAUCAUGCAGAGGAGAGGUACAAACAGAUGCUGCAACGUGAGCGAUAUGGUUUGUUUUCCGCAGAGUUCGUUCAUGCGGAUUGUUGUAAGGAAAAUCUGAAGUCGAAAAUUUCAAGCCAUUCAGAGUUCGAUCUUGUUAGUUGUCAAUUCGCUCUUCAUUAUUCGUUUAUUGAUGAACAGUCGGCUCGUACAUUCUUACGUAAUGCAACAGAAACUCUCCGUCCGGGUGGAUAUUUGAUUGGAACUCUACCGGAUGCUGAAAGAAUUGUAUGGUCUGUUCGCGAAAACGAUGGUGAAUUUCGGAACUCAGUUUGCACUAUACGAUACGACAAUAAGGACGAGCUUCAGAGUCCUCCGCUGUUUGGUGCAAAAUUCCACUUUACAUUGGAUAGUCAAGUGAAUUGUCCAGAGUUCCUUGCGUACUUCCCACUGGUGAUGCAGUAA